AUGUCUUCCAUGGCCCUACCCAUGAAGCAUACCGAGGCGGUACUCCCUAUGUACACUACCUACGCAUACUCAGUGCAGGUGCGCAUAUUUGCUUUCAUUCCUGCGUCGGCGAAAAGGUGCUUCGAAACUCUCAAGACACCGCAACCGGCGCCGACUCAUGACCUCAUGACCCCCAGUCUUGUUGUACUCCGUACGGCCCGCGCCUCGUAG